AUGGCAGUUAAUCGUGAUAAUGAGCCAGUGCUUCCUGACUGGGAUAAUGAGCUCGUGCUUCCUGAUUGUGAUAAUGAGCUAGUGCUCCCUGACCGUAAUAAUGAGCCGGUGCUCCCUAACCGUGAUAAUGAGCUAGUACUCCCUGACCGUGAUAAUGAGCUAAAUCUCCUUGACCAUUAUAAUGAGCCAGUGCUCCGUGACCGAUAUAAUGAGCCAGUGCUUCCUGACCAUGAUAAUGAGCUAGUGCUUCUUGACCGUGAUAAUGAGCUAAUUCUCCUUGGCCAUUAUAAUGAGCCAGUGCUUCCUGACCGUGAUAAUGAGCCAGUGCUCCCUGACCGUGAUAAUGAGCCAGUGCUCCCUGACCGUGAUAAUGAGCCAGUGCUCCCUGACCGUGAUAAUGAGCCAGUGCUCCCUGACCGUGAUAAUGAGCCAGUGCUCCUUGACCGGGAUAAUGAGCCAGUGCUCCCUGACCGUGAUAAUGAGCCAAUGCUCCCUGACCGUGAUAAUGCGCUAGAGCUCCCAGACCGUGAUAAUGAGCUAGUGCUCCCUGACCGUGAUAAUGAGCUAGUGCUCCCUGACCGUGAUAAUGAGCUAGUGCUCCCUGACCGUGAUAAUGAGCUAGUGCUCCCUGACCGUGAUAAUGCGCUAGAGCUCCCAGACCGUGAUAAUGAGCUAGUGCUCCCUGACCGUGAUAAUGAGCUAGUGCUCCCUGACCGUGAUAAUGAGCUAGUGCUCCCUGACCGUGAUAAUACGCUAGAGCUCCCAGACCGUGAUAAUGCGCUAGUGCUCCCUGACCGUGAUAAUGAGCUAGUGCUCCCUGACCGUGAUAAUGAGCUAGUGCUCCCUGACCGUGAUAAUGAGCUAGUGCUCCCUGACCGUGAUAAUGCGCUAGAGCUCCCAGACCGUGAUAAUGAGCUAAUGCUCCCUGACCGUGAUAAUGAGCUAGUGCUCCCUGACCGUGAUAAUGAGCUAGUGCUCCCUGACCGUGAUAAUACGCUAGAGCUCCCAGACCGUGAUAAUGCGCUAGUGCUCCCUGACCGUGAUAAUGAGCUAGUGCUCCCUGACCGUGAUAAUGAGCUAGUGCUCCCUGACCGUGAUAAUACGCUAGAGCUCCCAGACCGUGAUAAUGCGCUAGUGCUCCCUGACCGUGAUAAUGAGCUAGUGCUCCCUGACCGUGAUAAUGAGCUAGUGCUCCCUGACCGUGAUAAUGAGCUAGUGCUCCCUGACCGUGAUAAUGCGCUAGAGCUCCCAGACCGUGAUAAUGAGCUAAUGCUCCCUGACCGUGAUAAUGAGCUAGUGCUCCCUGACCGUGAUAAUGAGCUAGUGCUCCCUGACCGUGAUAAUACGCUAGAGCUCCCAGACCGUGAUAAUGCGCUAGUGCUCCCUGACCGUGAUAAUGAGCUAGUGCUCCCUGACCGUGAUAAUGAGCUAGUGCUCCCUGACCGUGAUAAUACGCUAGAGCUCCCAGACCGUGAUAAUGCGCUAGUGCUCCCUGACCGUGAUAAUGAGCUAGUGCUCCCUGACCGUGAUAAUGAGCUAGUGCUCCCUGACCGUGAUAAUGAGCUAGUGCUCCCUGAGCUUUACGAGGCUAAACAAAAACAAAUACAAGCGUGUAUUCAAAAGAAGUAA